UGCCAGCUCAUGAUACAGACUCCUUAUGGCAUAUAGGUGAUAAUUUGAUUGAUGACCAAGAGGCAUAUUUGACAUUUGUACCUGGUACUUGAUUUCGACUUUAUUCUUUGAGUAUUCCUUAGAUGUUAGACAACAACAAGAUUUGUUCAUGACAUCUCAAAUUCUCGUUGAUUUUUGUUAAACUUCUAAUAGUUAUUCUUCCUUGUCUAGUAUUUGUAAUGUGACAAUAGAUUUUGGGACUGAACUCUGAAGAAUGUUGAACUCACUUGUACUCAAGCCAUAAAUGAUUUUAUUUUCUGCAUGACAAACCAGUUGGUGGUGACUCCAAUGAGGGCUAUGGCACUGAUUUCAUGAUAUGUUUCACAAUGUUAAAUGAAUGUUUCAUCAGAUGUUACAUGACCCAUGUUGCUUCCUGCUCAAUGUUCCGAUUCUUGUGUACCUGUGGCGUGUCAUUCAAGUGUAAAUUCGUGAAGAAAGGAGGCCCAAAUCCAUCAUCAAACACAAUUUUAGCUGUCAUACUGGAGAAAGCUAGAGAGCUUGAUGUACCCAAGGAAAUUGUGGAGCGCAACAUCAAAAAAGCAUCUGAAAAGGGACAGGAGACUUAUAUUGAGAAAUUCUAUGAGGUGUAUGGUUUUGGCGGGGUUGGUAUGGUAGUUGAAGUUCUGACUGAUAAAAUAACCAGAUCAGUGGCUGCUGUCAGAGGAGUCGUGAAGGACUGUGGAGCUAAGCUGGCUGAUCCAGGGUCUAUUUUAUUCAAGUUUAGGCGUGCCCGGGUUGUGAAUAUAAAGGCAACUGAUGCUGAUAAAGAUCAGCUGCUUGCUGUUGCCUUAGAUGCUGGUGCUGAAGAUGUUAUUGAGCCAACAAUUUAUGAUAAUGACUCAGAGGAAGAUAGUGCAGAAAGCUAUUAUAAGAUCGUUACUGAAGCUGAAAACUACUCCACCAUACUAUCAAAACUACGAGAUGAAGGAAUAGUAUAUGAACCAGACAAUGGUUUUGAACUACUGCCACUGAACCCCAUUGAGGUAGAUGAUGAAGCGAUGGAGUUAAACAAGGAACUGAUGUCCAAGUUACUUGAACUUGAUGAUGUUGAUGCUGUUUAUUCAGAUCAAAAGUGAUGAUGGACAAUUUUUCUUUAGCAAUCAGAUGCACAGACGAAGUGGUGGAGGAACUCGAUGUCCAAAUUAAUUAAACAUAAUCAAUUCAUUUAAAAAUUUGCGAGCAAAUUUUAGUUCUUCUAUUACUUUCGCAAUACAUGAUGUACUGUGUGUUUCCCUUUCUGUUCCAUAAAAUUUCAAAGUUGUGUCCUCCAGUUGAUGAGCAGAAAGGAUCGAUAGUUGCAUCUCAUCCUUUCCUUCAUAAUGAUCAGAGCUCAGUGAAGUUCUCUUUGGAGAUUGUCUUGUAAUUCGUUAAGUAAUUUAAUAAUAUCUAACCUUUUUUUGGGGGGGGUUAGCAUAA